UUUCAUAGAUAUUUUUCCGCAGUUAAAGUUAAUAUUCUUUUAGCUUGUUACAUUAAUAACAAUAACUAAUAAAUAAUUUAUCAAAAAUGUAUUUUUUUACUAUUAUUGUGGCGGUCCAAAUUUUCGCACUUCAAAUAAAUGCAGCGUCAGUCUCCGUUGAUAAGCAAGUAGAAAUAUUCCAAAAAAAAUGUCCAGCUUUUCCAAAUAAUUUAGAAAAAACUAUUGAUUUUGCUGAAAAAUACACUCAAUCUUUGAUUCUGUCCGGCGUUCCUGAAGCAACACUGAACAUAGAAAUAGAUCGGAUGGUUGUUUGUGUGUUCCAACAUUUGGGAUUGAUAAAAUCGGAUAAUUCCUGUGACGCUAAAAAAGUAAUUGAUUUCUUCAAAGUAACUAGUCCGUAUUUCAAAGAACAAGUGCAAGCUUCAGAGAAGAAAUUGGACAGCUUUGAAAGAUGUCUUUCUAAAAAAAGUGGAAGCGCUGAAGAAGCCAGAGAUUUGAUUUUAAAUUGUCUGCAAAAAGAGAUCUGGUUACACCCAGUGGAUUAUAAACCGGAAGAAAUUGAUGAGAAAGAAAAAAAUUUUAAUAUUUAAAUAUUAAUUAAUUGAAUAUUUAAAUAUUAAUA